UGAUGGGUAGUGGCCGGCGUAGGGGGCCUGGUUUGGUGGGAGCGGGGAGGCCGGGUGGACUGGUCGGCGGUCCCGCGCUCUGCGUUGAGGCGGGUGGUGGGGGGGGAGGGGAACGCGCCUCUGAGGCCUCCUCGGGGUCCCUCACCCGCCUCGUUUUCUCUUUUGGCUGCACAGGUGGCCUUUCGGAGGGCCACGAUCCAAAGGAACCAGAGCAGUUGAGAAAACUCUUUAUUGGUGGUUUGAGCUUUGAAACUACAGAUGAUAGUUUAAGAGAACAUUUUGAGAAAUGGGGCACUCUCACAGAUUGUGUGGUGAUGAGAGACCCCCAAACAAAACGUUCCCGGGGCUUUGGUUUUGUCACUUACUCUUGUGUUGAGGAGGUGGAUGCAGCCAUGUGUGCUCGACCACACAAGGUUGAUGGGCGUGUAGUGGAACCAAAGAGAGCUGUUUCUAGAGAGGAUUCUGUAAAGCCUGGUGCCCAUCUAACAGUGAAGAAAAUUUUUGUUGGUGGUAUUAAAGAAGAUACAGAAGAGUAUAAUUUGAGAGACUACUUUGAAAAGUAUGGCAAGAUUGAAACCAUAGAAGUUAUGGAAGAUAGGCAGAGUGGGAAAAAAAGAGGAUUUGCUUUUGACUUUGAUGAUCAUGAUACAGUUGAUAAAAUUGUUGUUCAGAAAUACCACACUAUUAAUGGGCAUAAUUGUGAAGUGAAAAAGGCCCUUUCUAAACAAGAAAUGCAGUCUGCUGGAUCACAGAGAGGCCGUGGAGGUGGAUCUGGAAACUUUAUGGGUCGUGGAGGAAACUUUGGAGGUGGUGGAGGUAACUUUGGCCGUGGUGGAAACUUUGGUGGAAGAGGAGGCUAUGGUGGAGGUGGCAGCAGAGGUAGUUAUGGAGGAGGUGAUGGUGGAUAUAAUGGAUUUGGAGGUGAUGGUGGCAACUAUGGCAGUGGACCUGGUUACAGUAGUAGAGGAGGCUAUGGUGGUGGACCGGGAUAUGGAAACCAAGGUGGUGGAUAUGGUGGUGGUGGUGGAUAUGACGGUUACAAUGAAGGGGGAAAUUUUGGUGGUAACUACGGUGGUGGUGGUGGGAACUAUAAUGAUUUUGGAAAUUAUAGCGGACAACAGCAGUCAAAUUAUGGACCCAUGAAGGGGGGAGGCAGUUUUGGUGGAAGAAGCUCGGGCAGCCCCUAUGGUGGUGGUUAUGGAUCUGGUGGUGGAAGUGGUGGAUAUGGUAGCAGAAGGUUCUAAAAACUCAGCAGAAAAGGGCUACAGUUCUUAGCAGGAGAGAGGAGCGAGGAGUUGUCAGGAAAGCUGCAGGUUACUUUGAGACAGUCGUCCCAAA